AUGCUAGAAAGCGUACUCCUAAAGCGACUGAUCAGUUGUGUAAGAUGUCGCGAUCAAAAGAUCAAAUGUUCUGGCUCUCAGCCCUGCCAACAAUGCGAUAAGAGAGGAUUGCCGUGUCGUUUUGACGACGAAUCUCGUAAAGUAGUUGUUUCAAGAGGGUAUAUCAACAAUCUUCAAGAAAGGCUCGCGUUGUUGGAGAGAAAAUCAAACCAGCAGGAUGUAGCUGGUCUAUCGAGAAGCCCGGAGUUAGGCGAGGCAAUACAUGUAUCUCGUGCAAUUAACGACAUCCCAGAUCUUGUUAAGGUUCCAAGUUCAAUAUCACCUUAUACAACAGCCCAUACACAAAGUCUUCAAUCCAAUGGCCAAGGACAGGCUCCUCUGAUUAAUCCUCUGGCCUUCCAUACCUACGACUUUGUCCCAGGUCUCAAAAGCCAUCUUCUGUUCAUGGGGACAUCCUCAAACUGGUCCUUCAACAGAAGAGUCUUGACCAUGACUCACGAGCGUAUCAAGGGGACAGCAUUACCUACUCACAACCUUCAUUUCGCAGGGCUUGAGGGGAAGUUGUUCGACUUCAAAUGGGAUGGCACAAGGAGAACGACACCUGGAGACGCCCUUGACAUGACGGCGUUACCGACCAAGGAUUUUGCUCUCUAUCUCAUCAAUUCAGUCAAAUUCCACUGCGGAUGGCUAUAUACUCUGUUCGACGAGGACACCUUUAUGGAACGAUUCCGCCGCUUCCAUGAUAGUCCUGCAGAGUACUCGCGAGCCGAACCUCUCUGGUUUGUUCAUUAUCUUAUUGUUGUGGCACUUGGAAAAGCGUUUGUGGUUCAGUCUACCAAAUCCAGACGUCCUCCUGGCGGCGAUUUGUUCAUACAGGCAAUGAAGCUCAUGCCAGAUUUUAGCUUCUUUGAGUGCGAUAUCAUAGAUGAGAUGCAGGUCCUCUGCUGUGCUGCGAUCUACCUGCAUUCAGUUGAUCAUAUUCAACAGGCCCAUCGUCUGGUCUGCAAUGCUCUUCGUCAUGGUUUAGAGCACGGGAUACACACCGAGAUGCAGUCUAGUGCUCUUGACAAAUCUUAUGUAGAUAAAUGCCGCCACAUGUUUUGGACUAUUUACAUUCUUGAACGACAAAUGGGCUCUUUAAUGGGUCUCCCAUUGAGUAUAUCUGACGAUGUUAUAAGCGCGCGCUUUCCUGCCUUUCCAGGACAACCAGAAAAGCUAGAGGCUCUCAAGAUACAUGUCGACUUCUGCAGAGUGCUUGCCCAGAUAGACCAGACUGUGUAUGGCCUCGAAGGAAAACUUGACAGUCGGUAUUUAGAAGCCACUCAAUCAGUGCUCAAGAGUAUUGCUGUCGUCACUGAACGGUUGAACAAAUCGUUCGAGAUUCAAUCGAGUGAAGGAAUGGCUGGCAUCUCACGAAUUUCAGCUCACCUUCAUCUUCUACAGCACCAAUGCAUUAUUCUCACCACAAGGCCAUUACUAUAUACCUUUCUUCUUUCCAGGCUAGGUCAUUUAGAGGUUGCUUUGAUGCACUGGCUACAAUCCGAGAGUGUGAUGGGUCUUGUCCAGAUAUGUACCGAGUCUGCUCAGCAGAUUCUCAGAAUUCUGUCGAGCCUAUCUGACCAGGGACUAUUAGAAACAUUUCUGCGCUUCGAUCAUGACGCAACUUUCACCGCAACUAUAGCACUACUCAUGGCGGCUGCGAUAGACUCGUCGUUGUUACCAGAUCAUACUCCAUGGACACAACGUGCCUACGCUCUCUUUGAUGAAAUGUACUCUCGAGGUAAUCCAGUAGCUAACAUGGUUGCGUCCGAACUGCAACAACUGGAAGGAUUAUUACAAGAGUUUCUUGUCAACAAUGAGUCAAGAACCUUAGUUGAAACACAGAGUCAUGACACUCCUGGGGAAGGGUUAGCUAACAAUAUAGAUACAACCGCAGCAACUAUUUCUGGAUAUGCCGAUCCGUUCAAUCUCGAUUCAGGCGAUGAUUUUGGGCUGGGGUUGAGCUAUGAGCUCAGUGCGGAACAGCUGCUCAAUGUUGCAAAUUCUCUAGACAUAGAUAGUUUGACGUGGCCAUGGCCUGAAGAUCCAAUGGCAGAGGAUAUGGAGGCAUCAUAG